CCCGGCUGCCUUUGCCUCCCGCCCGACAGACCCUUUCUGAAAUGGGGGGGUCUAUGUCAUCGUCAUCUUCGUCCUCCUCAUUAUGCGCUGCAGCUGCUUUCAACCGUCUGUCUCUAGACGCGGAUGCUGGAGCGACCGCACCCUUCCCAGAUCCAAUGGAAGCACCAGAGAGACCUCCGAAGCCCCUGCCCAGGCGAAUCAACUCAGAGCGUCGAGCCAGCCCAGUCCCUCCUGUCCCUGCACCGCCCUGCAGCGGGGCAACGGGAGGAGAAGCCAACCUGCAAAUCAGUAGCGAGAUCGAGCACCUCAUGAGUCAGGGAUACACUCAGCACGACAUCCAGAAAGCACUGAUGAUUGCACAGAACAAUAUCGAGAUGGCCAAGAAUAUCCUGCGCGAGUUUGUCUCCAUUCCCUCUACCGCGCACAUUCUCACAUAGCACAUCCUCCUGCUUCUCUCUUGCGUUUGCUCUCUUUGCCCUAGCUUGGCCCAGCCUGGUUUGGUUUAGGUUGGCACAGACCAGCCCAAAACCCAAAGCCAUUGCCUGCAGCACUACCUCCAGUGCUGGCUGACACCCUACGCCCCUGUGGAUUUUUUAACUGGCUGUUACUCCAGCAAGCUCGCAGUGUCUCUGGGACUCUCGCCCUGCACUCCACGCGCUUUCACAGUGUCUGGCCUUCUUUGAAACUGCUGCAGCAGGCCUCUUAGUUUUCAACAUCUCCGCAGGACUUAAUUAUCACGUGCGGAGCAACAACGAAUAACGGAGCACCGUAUAAUGCAAGCCUUCCGUAGGAAUCAUGGGAAGACGGAUUCUUAUCUUUUCAUGUUGAAGCCUCUUGCUGAAAAUGUAACCAACACCUCACAAAUAAAACUAAAAUGUAUGUCUAUAUGAAAAUUUAAUAUAUGAGUAAAUAUAUAUUAAAUGUGUGUAAUAUAUACAGUACGUGCAUAUAUAGUAUGUGAAAAUGAUUUCAGCUUUGAGGGUCACGGUUGGUACAGGUGAUACGGGCAGAUGGGACCAGAUUAAAGGGGGAUUUGGCCCUUUCUGUGACAGGGGUGAGGAGGAGGAGGCGGGGUGUCUUCCUCACCCAGAUGUGUUGGUCAGCAGCAGCUUGAAAAACGUGCCGCAGAGCUUCUUCAUUCAGAAUUCAGUCUGUUUUGGCCUUCGGUUAACAUUGUUGCUUUGGUACUUUUUCUUUUAGUAAACCAUGCUUGUUCUGUUGUGUUUUUCUUUUUUUUUUCUUUUUUCAAAGUAGCAUGAAGAUG